UAUGUGCUGUUCCCGGUGUUUACACUCUCCUCUCUCUGACAGAGGUCUCAGCGGGGAGAGACUCAUUUUCCUGCUUUAAGUUGUUUUAGAGUUUAGUAACCUGACAGAACUGAGAUGCUAAAUGCUAACUGCCACAGCAGAGCGCGCUUGUGUUUUGGUUUAGCCGGACGCGAGCGCAGUCAGGCAGGGAACACAAACCGCUGGAAGUUGGCUCCGCCCCUAGCAGGUGAUCUCCUGGGACAGGCGCAGGUAGAGAGAGCGAUGAGGUCGGGGGUCAACAUCCACACACCUCAACGAUCCAUGAAGUCAGGAGAGCGAGCGGCGAGUUCUUACCAUGUUGUUGAUGAUGAAGCUGAUGGAGCGGACACACUCCAGCAGCAGCAGGACGCCUACUCCAGCCAGAAGCCGCCCCCUCUCCAGGACCCCCCGCCCGCCGCACUCUGUAUGUCACAGAACAUCCAGCUGUCAGGCACAUCUGCAAAUCCUGAACACCUGUUCUACAUGGUGUCUCAGCAGGUGGUUGAGAACGCCCAGCCAGACGCAGUGCUGGAGUGUCUCGGCAGCAUCUGGGAGCUGCACUGUCCCUACCUGUGUGAGUCCGGGACCCUAACCGAGCUCUACAGGAAGUCCAAGAAGCAAAGACACACACUGCUCCAGGAAAGAACCGAGAGCAGUGUUAGAGAAAGGUGUGUGUGGCGAGGAGGCAGGGCGACAAAACUGAGACAUGAUGGAGAAAUGGGGAAGAGUCGAGGCAGCCUCACACGUCCCAUCCUGAUCCGGCUGAACAUAAACGAGCCCUCCAUCACUAAAGAGUCUCUCUCCUUUGCCCUGAGAUCUCUGUACAGGAGUGAUGAGUGUCCUGAUCAGUGGUGUGAGGCCGUGCUUUCUACCGCCACUCUGCUGCGUCUCCCACGGCUCAAACACAGGUGUCUAAUGGAGAUGAUCUCCAGCAUCAGUUUUUCGACAGUGUGUGACUUUCAUCGAGUUUCCUUUAAGUACCAGCACACGGGUCUCCAGCGGGCGUGUGAGCGAUGGCUGGAGCUGUCUCUGGUAACCGAGCUGUCACAUCGCAUCCACCUCAGGGACUUGACCUUUGACCUCCUGCUCAAAACCCUUCAGUGCCCCCGAGUGUUUACAAUUAACGAGUACGAGCUCCUCAGGACUGUGCUGUACUGGAUCUACCUGCAGUUAAACACCCGAGAACACUCCCUGCCCUCACACAGGACCAUCAUCGGCUUCUACAGCAGGGCUUCUGGGAUUUUUCUGGAGCAGCCUUUAGGCCAAAAGUACGCUCCUCUCUUCCAGGCUCUUCGGCUGCAUGGUAUCACAGAGCGACAGCACAUGGAGGAGGUGCAGAAGAUCAAUGUAUUUCCUCACUCCUGGCUCCACUUCACUUUCUCCAGCCUCGUCUACUCCAUCCACAGCGGAGGCAACAUGCACAUCACCGACUUUCCCAGGCAGGCCGUCCGUUUCGGAAUGUCCGUGACCGGGGAACACUGCACUCACACUGUCGCUCUCUACGGCUUUUACUUCCUGCUCAAAGCUUCCAGAGUUGGAGAAUCUGAAGCGUUUGCGUUCUCCAUGGAGAGGUUAAGACACUGGGACCCUGCGCUAGCCGAGAGCUGUAGGACAACGCAGCCGUUUAGCAUGAGAGCCGAGCGCUACGUGUGCUAUCAGAUCAGCGUGCAAAGCUGUGUCUGUGGAGAAUGGCAGGAAAGGAGCAGCGGAGAACUCAAUCAAGUGUUUGGCUUGAGUAAGCGCUGCUGCAGGAGCAAGGUGUUCACGGUCGACGGCGUUUGCGUGCCUGCGCUGGUGAUGUUUUCCCUGGCCUUCCCAUCAGCCUGAGUUACACAAAUAACAAUAAACACCAGUCUUCACUUACAGACCUUGCGCCACACACAACCUGUGCUUACAGUACAUGGCGCGCACGCACACACACACACUCUCAGUGUCAUGCCGCUACGGGAAAACAAUCAACAGCCUGGUGUGAAGAAGAAACAAAGUUCCUGUAGCACACUGAAGCUGAUUAUUUUCUUUAAACAGCUAAUAACUGAGUGUUUUAUUCCUCUUAAACCACAGCAGUGUGAUGUCAGAUCAUAGUUUCUAUCCUUUUAGUCACACUUACUGUGAAAUAAGUUAAAUCCGGUUUUUACUUUAAGUUAUAGCAGCUGAUUCCAUUAUGAUGAUUAUGAUGAUUAUUAUUAUUAUAUUUUAAUCAGUAUUCAGUAAUCAGUGGAGUGAGCCAUUACUAUGGAAACGAUGGUGUAUUAGAGCGAGUUCACUUAAAUUGACCUGUACUAAUGUUUCAGCUGUCGUUAUAGACAAUAAAAACACCUUCUGAGCAGAACUCGACAGCAGUGUGGUGUAAACCCUUAUGUUAAACACAGUAAUCAGUAACAGUAUCAGAAAUUCCACAGGGUAAUUAUUUAUGUCUGUAUUAAAAAUUUUUGUUUAUUUUGCACUAAAACCCCAUAUUUCAGCAUGUUCACUCGAGGUUCUUUGGUGCGGUAAGAAUAGUUUUCCUUCUUCUCUUUAAGUGCGUCAGGUCUCCAUUGUUCUUAUGCGCUCCUGUUAGAGAGGAAAGGAAGCAAGCUUUGGGCACGACACAGGAAGUACUCCCUGACCCCGUUUACUUUGAGCCCAUCACGUUCCUCACUCCCAGACCUCUUUCAGGAGAACGAGCACAUUUCAUAGCAGAUUAGCAGAAAAGAGACAGGCAGGUGACCUCACC